AUUAUUGAGGGGUACAUCGAGGAGCGCCUAUAUCGAAACAAGUAUGGAGGUUAUUGUGUCUACACCGAGCUCACUGACAAAGGACGUCAGGUGCUUGUAGAAGGCUCAGCACCCAAAGUCUACCUCCAUGUGAUCGCUGAGAAAAACCCAAACACGAUUACAUCAGAUUUGGUGGAGAGAAUAAUAGUAUCGGAAGCUGAGGCUCUUAAGGAAAAGUAUAUGGUCAAGUACGGUGAUGUGUUCACUCGUUGUCGCAAGACCCUUACUGAAGUCGUCACACAAAUCGCCAAUGAGUCACGGCUAUCUGGUCCUUACGCGAUUAUUUCACAGGAGGGUCUCGAGCAGAUAGCUGCAUUGCUCCCACGCACAAAUUCCGAUUUGGUCCAAGUCGAUUCGAUGACGUCCAGCAAAGUGGAGAUGUAUGGUGCACGAAUCAUGGCUGCGUUAAAACCGUAUUGGAAAGAAGUGGACGGUACGUUUGACUGA